AUGUUGCGAAACAGUAUAUCUUGUUUGGCUAGAACACGUGUUGUGGGCAAAAGAUUCUUAAAUCUUCAGGAAUUCCAGAGUAAAGAGAUUCUCGAGAAAAAUGGAUGUACUGUUCAGAAGUUUUUCGUCGUAAGCAACAGUGCAGAAGCUGAACAAAAGUUUCAACAGUAUGGUGAGUGAAUUUUUGUUGUAUUUCAAUUAACUUGGAUGUUAAAAUUGUCUUAAUUUUUUGUAGAGUACUCUGAAUACGCAGUGAAAGCUCAGGUUCUGGCUGGAGGAAGAGGAAAAGGUCGUUUUAUCGGUGGUCCUAAAGAUCUCGGAGGUGUUUAUAUUACUAAAGAGUAAGCAUUUUAGUUAUCUAUUUUGGUUUUUAGGUUUAUUUUUAUGCUAAACAUUGUUGCGGGUAUUUCACUUGUGCAAAACUUUGUCACAAGCUUGUGACAACAUCGAGUGAUCCUCUACAACUAUUGUUUUAGUAAAUCAGGAGCGAUAAAAGCAUGCUCAGAGAUGAUAGGCAAAAAAUUGGUAACCGCGCAGACUACAAAAGAAGGUACUCUGGUAAAGAAGGUUAUGGUGGCUGAUUCUGUACCUAUUUGUCGUGAAACCUACUUGGCUUUACUACUGGAUCGAGAGUCAAAUGCUCCUGUUGUUGUUGCCAGUGCAGCUGGUGGUAUGGACAUUGAAGAAGUUGCUAAAAAACAUCCGGAAAAGAUUAUAAAGGUAUUUUCAAUGAUUACUGAAGUGUUUUAACGUUUUCUAACUUUAAUUUUUUUCCAGAAGGUUUGGGACUGCGUGAUAAAAAUGAUUAAAGUUGGAGAAACAGAUCUUUUGGCUGUAUUUUUAUUAAUAAAAUAAUCUUUAGGUACCGAUCAACGUGACAAAAGGAAUCCAAAGAGAAGAAAGUCUAAAAGUAGCAGAAGCGUUAGAGUUUAAAGGUGAAUUAAAAGAGAAAACUGCUGAUGAAAUUGAACGUUUGUACAAUUUGAUGUUGAAAAUUGAUGCAACACAAAUUGAAAUCAAUCCUUUGGCUGAAACUAGUGAUAAUAGAGGUAAGUCUUCGUAAAAAUUUAUUUUUUAAUUCUAUUUUUAGUAUUUUGUAUUGAUGCAAAAUUGAAUUUCGACGACAAUGCCGAGUUUAGACAGAAGCAAAUAUUUGAAUCUGCUACAGAAGAGGAAGAAACGCAGGUAUGUUAAUGAUAAUUGGAUUGAUUUAGAGCACCGAUAAUAUAGUAAUGCUACAUGACUAUUCUUAUGACAUUUCUAGCAUUAUCUAAUGAUGAGCUAUGAUAUUUUUAGCAUUAACUAACGAUAUAACUGUUCUAGGAUCCACGAGAAGUCAGGGCAAAAGCUGCGAACCUGAAUUUCAUCGCUUUGGAUGGAGAUAUUGCUUGUUUAGUCAACGGAGCCGGGUUAGCUAUGGCUACGAUGGACAUGAUCAAGUUGAGUGGCGGAGAACCAGCCAACUUCCUGGAUGUUGGAGGCGCUGUCACUGAGAAACAGGUCAGUUAUUAUUUUUUCGUGUUUUUGUUGUUUUAUGUAACGUUUUUCUUUUAAAACUCCUAAGAGAGUACUUAGUAUUCUUAUCUUUUCUACAUUAUAUACCAAUGCAGUAUCUUUAACUCUAUUUUCCAGGUAUACGAAGCCUUCCAAAUCUUGACGUCAGGUGAAGGCACACGCGCAAUAUUAGUGAACAUUUUCGGAGGAAUUGUAAACUGCCAAACAAUCGCAGCCGGAGUCAUAGCUGCGGUCAAGAAAGCCGGUCUACAAGUGCCUUUAGUCGUACGUCUAGAAGGUACGAAUGCUACAGAAGCUCACAAAAUGUUAAAAGACUCGAAACUUCCCAUUCAAAUCGCACAAAACUUGGACACUGCCGCCAGAAUGGCUGUCGAAGCUGCCAAUGAAGGAUCAUUGGAACAUGCUUCUGCAUGA